GAGCAGCUAGGAAACAUUCGGGAAGGAUGUCUGGAUUGACUUGACCUGCUGCCACCAUGACUCAACACUAGAUAAGUGGAUGAAGAUGGAUGGAUGGAAAUUACAUGUUGAUGAGGAGGUGGCCAAGCUGCAGAAGCACCUGGCCCUGCUCAGGCAGGAGUAUGUUAAGAUGCAGCAGAAGCUGGCCGACACAGAGAGGCGCUGUGCCGUGCUCGCUGCUCAGACCUCCGGCCAGGGCUCCUCCGGCUCUGCAGCUGCAGACACAUUCAUCAGCCGUCUGCUCGACAUCGUGGCCGACCUCUAUCAGCAGGAACAGUACAGUGAUCUGAAAGUGAAAGUUGCAGGACAGACGUUAAGUGCCCAUAAGUUUGUGUUGGCUGCCCGCAGUGAUGUCUGGAGCCUGGCCAACAUGGCUUCCACCUCAGAACUGGACCUAUCUGACUGCAAACCUGAGGUUGCCAUGGCAAUGUUGCGAUGGGCAUACACGGAUGAGUUGGAGCUCAGUGAGGAUGACGCCUUCCUUAUUGACCUGAUGAAGCUGGCCAACCGCUUCCAGCUUCAACUCCUCAGAGAGAGGUGUGAAAAAGGUGUGAUGUCCUCGGUGAAUGUUAGGAAUUGUAUUCGCUUCUAUCAAACAGCUGAGGAGCUAAAUGCCACCACCCUGAUGAAUUACUGUGGGGAGAUCAUCGCCAGUCACUGGGAUGAUUUGAGGAAAGAAGAUUUCAGCACCAUGAGCGCUCAACUACUUUACAAGAUGAUCAAAUCUAAAACAGAGUAUCCUCUCCACAAAGCCAUCAAAGUUGAACGAGAAGAUGUCGUCUUUCUUUAUCUCAUAGAGAUGGACUCACAGUUACCUGGUAAGCUAAAUGAACUGGACAAUAACGGUGACCUGGCUCUCGACCUGGCGCUCUCUCGUAAAUUGGAAAGUAUUGCCACUACUCUCGUUAAUAACAAAGCCGAUGUAGACAUGGUGGACCAAAGCGGCUGGAGUCUCCUGCACAAGGCCAUUCAAAGAGGUGAUGAGUUUGCCUCCAUCUUCCUGAUUCGUCACUCAGCUCAGGUAAAUGCAGCCACAGUUGGGGCGGUUGAAACCCCUCUUCACCUGGUCUGUUCUUUCAGCCCUAAGAAACACUCAGCUGAAGUGAUGAGUGGUAUGGCACAAAUCGCAGAGGCCCUCCUCAAGACGGGGGCAAACCCCAACAUGCAGAACAGCAAGGGCAGAACUCCACUUCAUGAAGCUGUGGCAUCGGGGAACGAGCCCGUGUUCAACCAACUACUACAAUGCAAACAGCUUGACCUCGAACUCAAAGACCACGAGGGCAGCACGGCUCUGUGGCUGGCCCUGCAGUACAUCACCAUGUCUUCAGACCCUUCAAUAAACCCUUUCGAGGAUGAUGCUCCAGUAGUAAACGGCACCUCUUUUGAUGAGAAUAGCUUUGCAGCGCAGCUUAUCCAGAGAGGGAGCAAUCCUGAUGCACCUGACACCACCACAGGAAACUGUCUCAUGCAGAGAGCUGCUCAGGCGGGCAAUGAGGCAGCUGCUCUUUUCCUCGCCACUCAUGGAGCGAAGGUUAACCAUGUGAACAAAUGGGGUGAGAGCCCGCUUCAUACAGCAUGUCGCUGUGGCUUGGCCAGCCUGACUGCAGAGCUUCUCCAGCAGGGGGCCAACCCCAACCUGCAGACCCAGAAGGCUCUGUCAGAUGAUAACCGUGAUGUGGCUAUGCAGACACCCCUCCACAUGGCCAUUGCUCAUAACCACCCAGAUGUUGUCUCUGUGAUUCUCGAACAAAAAGCCAAUGCACUUCAUGCAACCAACAACUUCCAGAUCAUUCCAGACUUCAGUCUCAAAGACUGCAUUGACCAGACAGUGCUGGGCCUGGCCCUCUGGACAGGAAUGCACACCAUAGCAGCUCAGCUGCUGGGAUCAGGGGCUUCUAUCAAUGAUACAAUGUCUGACGGACAAACUCUGCUCCAUAUGGCCAUCCAAAGACAGGACAGCAAGAGUGCCCUCUUCCUCCUUGAGCACCAGGCAGAUAUCAAUGUUAGGACACAGGAGGAAAAAACAGCACUACAGCUGGCCAUCAGUAACCAGCUGCCACUGGUGGUGGAUGCCAUUUGCACACGAGGAGCUGAUAUGUCAGUGGUGAACGACAAAGGAGACCCUCCAUUAUGGCUGGCUCUGGUGAACGGUUUGGAAGAUAUCGCAUCCACACUGGUCCGCCAUGGCUGCGAUGCAACUUGUUGGGGCCCUGGACCCUCAGGCUGCCAGCAGACCCUCUUGCAUAGAGCUGUUGAUGAGAACAAUGAAGUCUCUGCUUGCUUCCUCAUUCGCAGUGGGUGUGACGUAAACAGCCCCAGGCAGCCUGGGCCUAAUGGGGAAGGAGAUGAAGAAGCACGAGACGGACAAACGCCUCUCCACCUUGCAAGCAACUGGGGGUUGGAGGAGGUGGUGCAGUGCCUUUUAGAGUUCGGAGCAAAUGUUAAUGCGCAGGAUGCGGAGGGCAGAGCUCCCAUCCACGCUGCCAUUAGCAACCAGCACAACGUCAUCAUACAGCUCCUCAUAUCUCAUCCUGACAUCCGCCUCAACAUACGUGACCGUCAAGGCAUGACUCCAUUCGCCUGUGCCAUGACACACAAGAACAAUAAGGCGGCAGAGGCUAUCCUAAAGAGGGAGCCUGGAGCUGCAGAACAGGUUGACAACAAAGGGCGUAAUUUUCUACACGUGGCUGUGCAGAAUUCAGACAUUGAAAGUGUCCUGUUCCUCAUCAGUGUCCAAGCUAAUGUCAACUCCAGAGUUCAGGACGCUGCCAAACUCACCCCUCUCCACCUGGCUGUCCAGGCCGGGUCUGAGAUCAUCGUCCGCAACCUGCUGCUUGCUGGAGCCAAAGUAAAUGAGCUGACCAAACACAGACAGACAGCGCUGCAUUUGGCUGCUCAGCAGGACCUAGCCACUAUUUGUUCUGUGCUUCUGGAGAAUGGAGUAGACUUUGCUGCCGAGGAUGAGAAUGGCAAUAAUGCUCUGCAUCUGGCUGUAAUGCAGGGCCGCCUUAACAAUGUCAGAGCCCUUCUCACAGAGUCCAACAUCGAUGCUGAGGCCUUCAAUCUCAGGGGUCAGUCACCAAUGCAUGUACUUGGCCAUUAUGGGAAAGAGAACGCCGCUGCCAUUUUUGAGUUGUUCCUGGAGUGUAUGCCGGAGUAUCCUCUGGACAAACCUGAUAAUGAAGGGAACACAGUUCUGCUCCUAGCCUAUAUGAAAGGAAAUGCAAACCUGUGCCGUGCCAUUGUGAGGGCCGGAGCUCGACUCGGCGUCAAUAAUAAUCAGGGCAUCAACAUUUUCAACUACCAAGUCGCAACCAAGCAGUUGCUCUUCCGCCUUCUAGAUAUGCUGUCCAAAGAGCCCCCAUGGUGUGAUGGGUCAAACUGCUAUGAAUGUGCUGCCAAGUUUGGUGUAACAACACGGAAACAUCACUGCCGCCACUGUGGGCGCCUGCUGUGCCACAAGUGCUCUAUAAAGGAGAUCCCCAUCAUCAAGUUUGACCUGAACAAGCCGGUGAGAGUGUGUGACAUCUGCUUUGAUGUACUGACUCUGGGUGGGGUAUCGUAAUCCAGCCGUUUGGAGCUCCUCCGCCCUCUGACACCGGCCAUGCUAGGCUCAACUCAGCACAGAUAUCCAGGCACACCAGGAGAAGGGACACCAGUAGCAGGACAAACUAACGAGAUUCCUGGAGAGUUAUGGACCAUCAUCAUUUAUAAUGUUCCAGUCUAUGAAAAACUAUUAAUGUUCUAGAGGGAUGUUGUCUUUUUGUUUAUGUUUUGAUCAAAAUAUCAAGUGGAUAAAGAUCUCCAGCUGGACAAAGUUGGUUAAUCAAUUUCCCAUGAUCAGUAAUAUUUUUUAUGAUUAGCUCUUACUAUGUCAGGCUAUACGUAGACAUUUCAAUUAAAUGAUGAAGGUUAGAAUGAUCAAAUCAGCUUUUGGAAGGAGGGGUUCCUGCUCCCUGUAGGUUUAUUUCACCAUCUGCAGCCUUCAUGCUAUAUGACCUGCCCAAAGACAAAAACUCAAUGAAUUCUUGCAUUUAUGUGAGAGCGGAGGCUGCUGUCAGCCAAGAGCAAAACUGUAAAACGGCAGUAGAUCCAUGGAUCUACAAAGACUGAACUAUCAGCAUGUUCUCUGUAAUCUUUCAUCUGUCUUUCUUCUGUCAUCCUGACUCUGUGCUGACUGGAUAACAUGGGACAGAUUUGGAAGAUUUAAAGGGAAAGAAAACCUACUUAAUUUUUAGAUGAGCAUCAUUCCCUAAAGAAUUAUAUCAUUGUCAUUGUCUUAUUUUACUGUUAGAGGUGACAGACAGCACAACUGAGCAUUGUUGAAAACCCUAAUGAAAUCUGUCUUUGUCUUCUGUGAUUGUUCCAUCUUCUUGCUGACUUUUAACAUUUCAAGUUGAUGACAUGUGACCUGAGAAAUCCUUUUUUUUUCUACAAGAGGAACAAAAACAAUUCUCUCAACUGUCAUCAUCCUCAGUUACAGAGAUGCCUCUUAUGCCUAUGCAUGUGAUUUAAUUUGUAGCCUUGUCAUGUCAUAAUCAUUAAUCAUUUUUCAGAAAUCAGCCAUCAAAUGAUUACAUUCCAUUCAUGCCAUGAGGUCCUUUGUAGGAAGCCGUGAUCAAAUCCCCCAAAUGUUGCCUCAAGUCAAGUCGUGGUCUUGACCCAUCACGUGUAACGCUUCUUGAUUUCUAAGCCUAACAGGUGCACUUUAUCAAAGAUCACAUGGCAUUUCCGAUCAUUGGGGAGAAUGUGGAGCGUAGUGACGGCCAGCGAGUGGGGCCUCUUUAAGUAUUGUUAAAUUGUACAGAUAAAUGUGUGAUAUUUUUGACCACUACAACUGUUUUGUACUUAAAUGCAGUUUGUGCUUGUCAUUGUGACAAACCUAAAUCUUGCCUCUGUUAAUCUUUUAUGCACAUUGUUUAAUCUUUUAUGCACAUUAUAUUGUAUCUGUAUGCUCAGAUAUCUAGCCUGUCUCUUCCUGGUGUAUCCUUUUAGAAAAGGGGAGGACAAAUUUACAU